UUGAGCGAGCAUGAGUGAAAAUUACCAGAGUUUUUAUGUUUGGAAACAAAUCAAACCAGCGAGAGCCCUCCUGCCCUCUCUCGGCGGGAUCGUCUUGGGUUUUCUGAUUUCUCAGUUAACUUCUAACCAGCUCCGCCGUUUAUCUCUUCGCCGCAACUUCGUCAGUCCCUUACUUCAACCCCAAAGCUUUCUCUCUCUCUUUUCCCUGCAUCCUUAAACCAUACGCUGCUGCCUAUCCCCGGACACCGCUCUUUUUGCAUUGCUUUGCUUCCAUUUCAGCUUUUUUACAAUAUAGUCACCUGUAAUUGCCAAAAAUUUUGCCCGCUUCCUCGUUUCAUCACUGUAUCUUGCUCACUGCUUCAUCGCCAUUACUGUCAUCACUGUCACAGUCUUGCUUGUAUCUUAUCCAAAUGCGAACAAUGGAGUGAAUCCACAUUAGGGGAAAACCCCUAAGAAUAUAGAUUGAGAGCGCUUGGCUAUCAAUUUCAAAUCUUCAUAUUUGUUUCAGCUGUCGAACCCUAGAAUUUAGAGGAAAUAGAGAGUGGUAGUUAAUUAAAAAGGAGGCAAGAUGAGGAUUAUGAUAAAAGGUGGUGUGUGGAAGAACACUGAGGAUGAGAUCCUCAAAGCAGCGGUUAUGAAAUAUGGGAAGAAUCAAUGGGCUCGAAUCUCUUCGCUUCUCGUUCGUAAAUCUGCUAAACAGUGUAAAGCUCGCUGGUAUGAGUGGCUUGACCCGUCAAUCAAAAAGACUGAGUGGACCAGAGAAGAAGAUGAGAAGUUGCUUCAUCUUGCUAAGCUCAUGCCAACUCAGUGGAGAACAAUUGCCCCAAUUGUUGGCCGUACACCAUCUCAAUGCCUUGAACGCUAUGAGAAACUUCUUGAUGCAGCCUGUGUUAAGGAUGAGAACUAUGAACCUGGUGAUGACCCACGGAAAUUGCGUCCUGGAGAGAUUGAUCCAAAUCCAGAGUCAAAGCCUGCACGUCCUGAUCCUGUUGAUAUGGAUGAAGAUGAAAAGGAAAUGCUUUCUGAAGCACGAGCUCGGUUAGCCAACACUAGAGGCAAGAAAGCAAAAAGGAAAGCUAGAGAGAAACAGCUUGAAGAGGCUAGGAGGCUUGCAUCCUUGCAGAAAAGGAGAGAACUAAAAGCUGCUGGUAUUGAUACACGGCAACGGAAGAGGAAAAGGAAGGGGAUCGAUUAUAAUGCAGAAAUUCCUUUUGAAAAGAGGCCUCCUCCUGGCUUUUUUGAUGUUACUGAUGAAGAUAGACCCGUGGAACAGCCUAAGUUCCCAACUACCAUUGAAGAACUUGAGGGGAAAAGAAGAGUUGAUGUAGAGGCCCAGUUGAGAAAGCAGGAUAUUGCAAAGAAUAAAAUUGCUCAAAGGCAGGAUGCUCCAUCAGCUAUAUUACAAGCGAACAAGUUGAAUGAUCCAGAAACAGUGAGGAAAAGAUCAAAGCUGAUGCUUCCAGCACCACAGAUUUCAGACCAUGAAUUAGAGGAAAUUGCAAAGAUGGGAUACGCAAGUGAUCUUGCUGGGAAUGAGGAACUAACAGAAGGGAAUGGUGCAACACGUGCUCUUUUGGCAAACUAUGCCCAAACACCACAGCAGGGAAUGACACCAUUGCGAACUCCACAAAGAACUCCUGCUGGUAAGGGUGAUGCUAUUAUGAUGGAAGCAGAAAACUUGGCACGGUUGCGGGAGUCACAGACUCCAUUAUUGGGAGGAGAGAAUCCAGAGUUGCACCCUUCAGAUUUUUCAGGGGUCACACCCAAGAAAAGAGAGAUCCAAACACCAAAUCCAAUGUUGACCCCCUCUGCAACUCCUGGAGGCGUUGGUCUUACUCCUAGAAUUGGCAUGACGCCUUCAAGGGAUGGGUACUCUUUCGGUAUGACACCAAAAGGAACUCCUAUCAGGGAUGAACUCCAUAUAAAUGAAGACAUGGAUUUGCACGAUAGUGCAAAACUUGAGCAACGAAGACAAGCUGAUAUAAGAAGGAACCUGCGGUCUGGUCUUAGUACUCUUCCACAGCCCAAGAAUGAAUAUCAAAUAGUUAUUCAGCCACCUCCAGAAGACCAUGAAGAACCAGAAGAGAAAAUUGAAGAGGAUAUGUCUGAUAGGAUUGCUAGAGAAAGGGCUGAGGAAGAAGCAAGACAGGAGGCUUUGCUUAGGAAGAGAUCGAAAGUACUGCAGAGAGAACUCCCUAGGCCUCCUGCUGCUUCGCUGGAACUGAUUAGAAAUUCUUUGCUGAGAGCUGAUGAAGAUAAGAGUUCCUUUGUUCCGCCUACAUCAAUUGAACUGGCUGAUGAAAUGAUACGGAAGGAGCUGCUUCUCUUACUUGAGCAUGAUAAUGCAAAAUAUCCACUAGAUGAGAAGCAGAAUAAGGAGAAAAAGAAAGGUGCCAAGCAAGCUGCAAAUCGGUCUGCUAUGUUUGUCCCUGUGAUAGAGGAUUUUGAAGAAGAUGAGCUGAAAGAAGCUGAUAAGUUGAUUGAGGAAGAGGUUCAGUAUAUAUGUGUAGCAAUGGGACAUGAAAGUGAAUCUGUUGAUGUGUUUGUUGAUGCACACAGAACAUGUCUAAGUGAUCUGAUGUACUUCCCCACUCGAAAUGCUUAUGGUCUCUCAAGUGUUGCUGGAAAUGUGGAGAAACUGGCAGCCUUACAGAAUGAAUUUGAGAAUGUGAAAGCGAGGCUAGAGGCUGAAAGGGAGAAAGCAUUACGCCUUGAGAAGAAGGUUAAUGUCCUUACACAGGGUUAUCAGACACGGUCAGAGAGGCAGCUAUUGCCGCCAAUUGAGUCAAUUUUAAAGCAGAUGGACACUGCUGGAACAGAACUUGAGUGCUUCCAAGCUUUACAGAAGCAAGAGCAAUUGGCAGCAACACACAGGAUCAAUGGCCUCUGGGAGGAAGUUCAGAAGCAAAAGGAGCUAGAACAAACUUUGCAAAGGCGGUUUGGAAAUCUUGUGGCUGAGCUGGAAAGGAUACAACAUCUUAUUGCUGAUUACAGAACACUAGCAAAGCAACAGGAAGAAAUUGCUGCGAGGAAUUGUGCACUUGAGUUGGCUGAGAGUGCUGCAAAGCAAGCUGCUAUGCAGAACUCAGAGACUUCUGAGCCUAUGCCUUCAGAUGACGUUGGAAGUUCUGCACCAGUUGAUUCAUCUAAACUUGAAAUCUCUGAGCAGCAAAUAAAUGCUGCUCAAGAACAUAUGCAUGCCAGUCUGAAACAGGAGGGUACAAAUGCUGAUUCACAGAACAAGCAUGCACCCAUGGACACAGAUGCAAGCUUAUCUACUGAUGUACCUUCUGUUGUGGAGGAGCUGCAUGCUGCUCGUGUCCCAAAGGCUGAUGAAAAUAACAAAGAUGGAGUUCCUGCAAACUACUUGAUUAACCAAGGAGAUGAUAUUUCUGAUGUGGUGGUUGUAGAGGGAAAUAAGUUGAAAGAGGAAUCUGUUAAUGUAAAUGCUAGUGACAUAAAAAUUAGCACUGAUGUUAUACGGGAUGAUGCAGUUGCUGAAGACCAACAAAUUCUCAUGGAAAUAACAAAACCAGAUGGUGUUGUAACCAAAGGAGGCCUUGGUGAAGAUGAGAGGUCAAAAUCAACUUAUGAUGAAGUGAAUGCUGUCAGUUCUGAAUAGAUGGCUGCUGAUAAGGAUCACCAGAGGGAGUUCCGGAGUUGUAACAUACCUGAAUGAGACGGGAAGUUUAAGACGCGACAAAGCCUUCCUGAUUUGCGACAAUCCCUGAAUUCAAUUGUCUUAUAUGCCCUAAUUUAGUUACUCUUAGUGGGUUAAUAAGGGACUUUUGCGGACUGUUUCCACAAUUGGUCCAUUCUAUGUUUUUGCCAGAACUGGACAUGUAUUGUGUGCCCAUUGUCUUAUGCUGUUUGGGUAAUCGUACGGCGCAAUUGAUGUUAGAUAUAUGUGAAAGAUGGUGUUGCAUAGCA